AUGUUUUCUGAUGGAUGGGGUCCUCCACGUGUGUUCCAAACAUGGGCUCUUAUGAGCCCAGCCGCAUCGGAGGCAGAGGCCUCCGGCGUGAAUGGUGUUUCUCCUGCUAGUCUCCACUUAUGCGAUGACCAAGAUGUAGAAGAAUAUUUCGCUCGUUUGUGGACAAGCGAAUAUUUCUCUGAACCUCAUUCUUGCAAGACAUCGAUCGGGCAAUUAUGCCACACGCCAUUGCUUCUACGGACGCUGGAUGAAGCCCAGCCUCGAGAACAAGCUGGUUUCCGUCAGGGGUUCAGCUGCUUGGACCACAUCCAGAACGUGUCGACGGUCAUAGAGGAAACACGCGUGAGAGAUCGGCCCGCCAUCAGCAUCGAAAAUUACACCAUAUACUGCGGCGAUGCUGAUGAGAACAAAGUAGGUGGCUGCGCGAUAGCUGUGAGGAACGACUACAAGAACCUGGUGGAGGAAUUUGGCUCAACGUCGUCUAGAUGCGCCUUUUUACGACCGCGGGAUCGCAGAGGACGUAAACUCUGGAUCGUAUGUGCUCACGCACCUACGGAAACCGCUGAGGACAACAGUAAGGACGCCUUCUAUGAUGAACUCAAAGCUUUGAUGUCUAAAAUACCAAGCCAACAGGUAGUCAUUGUCGGAAUCGACGCAAAUGUGAAGAUGGGACUCGAACACCAAUCCGAUGUGCUAGAAAAAUGUUAUUAUCCAGCAGAGUGCACGUCGGACAACGGUGACCGUCUUGUCGACCUGUGCGAACAGACGGGGCUCAUCAUCGCUCCCACGUUUACGAGGAAUCAUCGACGCAAUCUGCUCAUGUGGCAAGGUUCUUUUCCUCAAGAUACGGUUUCACAAGAGAAACCGAGGAGUUCCUCUUCAACUGAAAUCGACACGGCAGGUCUGAGAGACGAAGAUUGCAGAAAGAAAUUCCGCCCACGUGUGUCUAUUCAUGUUGGAGUACGGACCAGGAAGAAGCUUAGCGAUGCGGACUCCUUCACAAAGUGCAUCCAGGACGCUGCAAGGGAAACGCUCCCGGUUCUAUUGCCGCGGAAGAAGUUUGCCUUUGCAUCUGCGGAAACAAAAUCCACAUACAAUUCUGUAUGUGUCGCGCGCAGCGCUGGUGACUUCAAUCAGGAAAAGCGUCUCAGAAGGAAACUGCGUCGUCAACUGCAACAAGACCGCGAUAACGAGUGGACUUCAAGAGCGAUGGAGUUUGAGAAGGCGUGGGAGGACAGGAACCCGCGGAAAGCCUAUGUUCUACUAAAACAGUAUAGCGGCAAAAUGAAAAGAUGUUCCCCUGUCCCCAACACUGCCAAUGGGGUAGCUGUCGGUGAUGCAACCCUUCCAAUUCGGAAGGAACACUUCAAGACCUUGCUGAACCGGCUAGCACCGUCAGCUCCUGAACUCGAACACGUUCAUAGACCGACAUAUGAGGUUAACGAGGAGCCGCCGACCGAGUCCAAGGUCCUGGUCUGUAUCCAAAAAAUGAAGAAUGGAAAAUCUGGUGGAGACGACAGGAUUAGCGCAGAAAUGCUAAAAUAUCUUCCUCCGUCUGGGAUUCGUGAGAUGAAGAAGAUCAUCCCUUCAAUAUGGGCAGACGAAAGGAUACCUGACUCGUGGAAACACGCUAUCAUAAUUCCCCUCCACAAGAAGUUAUCCUUCACGAACCGUAGGAACUAUCGAGGAAUCUCUUUGUUGCGUAUUAUGUACGAGGUUUUAGAGCGGAUUAUCCUGGACCGACUUAUUAAGCAUCGUGAAGAAACAACGCGCGACGAGCAAGCUGGCUUUCCUCCUGGCCGAUCUACGAUUGACCAGGUGUUCAUCGUCAGGAGAGUGACCGAAAUCUGGCAGCGGUAUUCGAAGCCAAUGCAACUAGCGUUUCUGGACUUUGAAGCCGCGUUCGACUCCCCUCAUCGAGGCCGGGACCUAUCCGUUGCGCAUGAACAUCGCCUUUUGCAGGUUCAGCUGAAGACCGAUGCACCCACAUGCUUCGUCGAAUUCGGUCAGCAUUCGUUCCGCUUGGCUGAUGCUAGCACACCGUUGGCCAUUUUGGACACACUUCAUUGUGACAAAUCCACUAACAUUUUCCAUGCCUUUCGAUUCUAUACAGAUGCUUUUGACACGGUAAUGAUGGACGAUCUGAGUAAUACAGAGGAACAUUAUGAACAUGGCACUGUUCUGCCCAAAGAUAUUGAUGGUGUCCGGCAGUAUGUACCUGUAUGGGCUGUAUGGUUGUUCGUUGCCUGCUUUCUGCUCACGAUUGUGGUACUGCUGCUGGAUUAUUGCGUCAUUCGUCGUAAUGCGUUGUCGAACAGAUGUUGCACACGUACUCGGCAGAAACGAAACACUGCCAGCGCUAUCCACCAGAAGAGAUCUACUAACAUGCUGUUAAAUAAGUUGAACCGUCAAGUGCAAUGUGCUGAUCAAGACGUGUAG